AUGUCUUGGCGAUCAAUCGUAAUUGGAUGUCUCAUAUUUGCUACUCUUGUAAUACCUAUUGUUCAAUUAUCAUUUGGUUUUCAAUAUAUAGGACAAACUAAUCAAUGUCCUAUACAACAUGAUAUUAUGUUAUUAAUGGCUAUUGGUGGCGUAUUUGAAGUAAUUUUUUUUGCUGCAGCUUUUGGUUUUGUCUGCGCAGUUACACCAUCAAAAUAUAAAGAACAAAAAUCAAAAUCUACAACAAAAGAUAAUACUAAGAAAGGAAGUAAUCGUGCAUCACUAAUUCUCAUUGGUUUCAUAACGGCUAUAAUUGGAGCAUGUGCUAUUAUCUUUUUUGUUCUUAUACAAAUUCGAAGUAUAAAAUAUCGAAGACCUUUACGUGAACAGUCACAAAAUCAACUAAUAGGUAUUGAAUUUGUUUCAACAAUGACAACAAAUUAUUUCCAGCGUGAACCAAUGCGAUUUCAACCAUCUCCACGUGUUGUUCCAAUAGAUAAUUAUAAUUUAACUGAUGAACAAAUUAAAACUCGCCAACAAAUGGCUCAUGUAAAUGUUGUUGUUACACAAGCUGGAAGAAAUGUUUGGGAUUUUGAACAUCCAUGGUCGAGUAAACUUUGUUCAUGUUGUGCAGAUACUUCUCAAUGUUGUUUUGCUUUCUGUUGUUCAUGGUGUUUCGAAUGUAGAUUAUUUAAACGUGCCGGUGAAAGUAUGUGGACCAGUCUGAAUCCUUGCGCAAAAUUUGCACUUCGAUCAAAAGUUCGUACGGCAUUUCGUAUUGAGGGUGAUUUAUGCGAAGAUUGUUGUGCUUCAACAUUUUGUCCAUGUUGUACGGCCAUUCAACUUGAACGUGAACUCAUUUAUCAAGGUCUUUGA